AUGGAUAUUAGAGCGGACUUGAUCUCAAAGUUGAUUACCUCAAUAGUUGGCAUUCUGAGCCCAGUCGGAACACUGCUCGAGGAAGGCACCCCAUAUGAUUUCAGGGAUUUAGACAUCGUAAACACCAACACCUUCUUCUUCCUUCAUACGACUGACCCUGACCUACUCUCUUCACCACCGAAUUUCGCCGGAAAACUUAAGCUCCACCGCCGCCGUGGUCAUUCGAACUCAUCUCCGCCGCCGCCGUUCUCAAUUGAGGCCUUCACUGGUAAAUCCUAUGCCACCAUGACACAGGUCACAGGAACUGAAAGCCAUGAAUUUGUUAUUUGGGUCCAGUUCAACUAUGUUUCACGAAAUUCAUUUAAGCAUGUACACAACGUGUUACACCAAUUUCAAUGUGAGUUGCUAUGUGUUAAUGUGUUGACAGUUUGUAUCAUGACUUUAGCCGGUGAAACAGAAGGUAUGAGUCGAAGUUGGAUGUAUGAGAAGCGAACUUCGUCGGGGUUCUUGAACGGGGUAGAGGAGUUUUGUAGAUGUGCUUUGGAGCAUCAAGAAAAUGUACAAGAUAAUGGGUUUUAUUGUCCAUGUGUCGAUUGCGAAAAUGUGAGUAGGGUUAGUAGUAUCAAAACAUUAAGAGAUCAUGUGAUUCGUCGUGGGUUUAGGCAACAUUACCAUGUGUGGAUAUGGCAUGGUGAGAUCGGAGGAUAUACGGGAAAUUCCAGUGAAAAUCCAAUUAUUGACCACCAUGUACACACUGAACCUAUUGAUCGGACCGAGGAUAUGUUUUCGGAGGAAGAUGAUGAAGGUGAAGAAGACGUGGAUGAUGAUAUUGAGGAGGAUCAUAUAGAUGAAAUGAUGGAGGCAAUUCAAGAUAAGCCUCAUUUAUUUGAACGUUUGUCAGAAGCUGCUGAGAAACCUUUGUAUCCUGGAUGUGUCAAGUACACUCAGUUGUCGGCUGUGUCAGUGUUGACCAACCUGAAAAUAAAGGGCGGUGUGACUGACGCAAUUUUUUCACAAUUUUUGGAGGCAUUAGAGGACAUGUUUCCCGAAGGGAAUGUGUUGCCUAAGUCAACUUAUUAUGCCAACAAGUUGAUGUGUCCUUUUGGAUUAGCAUAUGAGAAAAUAGAUGCUUGUCCAAAUGAUUGUAUUUUGUAUCGAAAAGAGUUUGCAGAUUUAGAUAAAUGUCCUCGGUGUGGUAAGUCUCGUUACAAGCUCCCAGAUGGAGUUAUGCCCGGGGAAGGCAAGAAAGGUCCCUCUGCUAAACUGCUUUGGUAUCUUCCAAUAAUACCAAGGUUUAGACGAUUGUUUUCAAUAAAGAAGGAGGCAAAGAACUUGAGGUGGCAUGCAGAUAAGAGGAAGAAAGAUGGGUUGCUUAGACAUCCGGCAGAUUCUCCUCAAUGGAAAGAUAUUGAUGAAGAAUUUCCAGAAUUCGGCAAAGAAGAUAGGAAUCUUAGGCUUGCGCUUUCUACUGACGGAAUGAACCCAUUUGGUAGUCUAAGCAGUCAACACAGCACUUGGCCUGUUCUGUUAGUAAUUUAUAAUUUGCCUCCUUGGUUGUGCAUGAAGUCAAAGAAUAUUAUGUUAUCCUUACUUAUACAAGGGCCGAAACAACCAGGAAACGAUAUUGAUGUAUACCUUGCUCCGCUCAUUGAUGAUUUGAAAAAAAUGUGGGAUGAAGGUAUUUCUGUUUUUGAUGCGUAUGGUGAUGAGAUUUUCACGUUGCGUGCAAUGUUAUUUUGUACCAUCAAUGACUACCCGGCUUAUGGUAACUUGUCAGGGUAUAAGGUAAAGGGAAAGAUGCCAUGCCCAGUUUGUGAAGAUGAUAUGGAAUCAACCUGGUUGCCAAAUUCUAGAAAACACGUGUAUCCAGUUCAUAGAAAGUGGCUAAAUAGGUUUCAUCCUUAUCGAAAGAAAAAAUCUCUAUUUGAUGGCAACGUGGAAGAACGUAGAUUUCGUAGACCGUCAUCUGGAAGAGAGGUUUACAACCGUGUUAAAGGCAUAGAGACGGUUUUUGGAAAAUCUGGGAAAAAUAAAAAAGAUGGAAUUUGGAAGAAGGAGUCUGCCUUUUGGAAACUGGAAUAUUGGAAGCAUCUGUCAGUUAGACAUUGUCUCGAUGUAAUGCACAUAGAAAAAAAUGUGUGUGAGGCCAUUUUGGGUACAUUGUUGAACAUGGAUAAGAAAUCGAAGGAUGGCAUUAAGGUGCGGAGAGACAUGCAACACCUGAAGAUUCGACCUCAUUUAUGGCCAAAGCUUAAGGAAAAGGCCAGAAAGGGGAAAGGUAAGUCUUACUAUUUACCCCCUGCUUGCUAUACAUUGUCUAAAGUUGAGAAAAGAAUAUUUCUAGAGUGUCUUUAUGGAAUUAAAGUUCCUAAGGGCUACUCAUCGAAUAUAAGAAAGCUUGUUCAGCAGUGA